AGCUGGGUUUAACUCAGACUUGCUCCCAAACACUGUCGUUACCUACAUCAGAUCUGAAGGCUGUUUUCCAUUUUUGGAGAUUAUUUAUAGACAAGGGGCGUGGAUUAGUAAACAGCACAGCUUAAUUUCUUUGUUUUUUGGACAAAAGGGGUUUUAUUUUCAAAAUAAGGAGGAAAUGGUCUGAUCGCCACCUUAAAAUAUUAUGUGCUUCCAAUAAUUACCGAAAGUAAACGGAACAUUGACGGGAAUCAAGAAAGAGUCUCUCACAGAAUCCCCAGCGUGAAAUAUGACUUGCUAGUAUAGCUAAAGGAACCACUUAUUUUUUAAAUACUAUACAUUGUAUUUUUUUACGAAAUGAAAGUGAGACUAUUUUAAGAUUGUUGCAUUUAUUAUUUCUUCUUUGUAACCGGAGUUGUUCACUUGAAGAGGAGAAAAUGAAGAAUCGUCAGCCUGUCUUAAUCUUCAUUAUUUGUAUAUUUUUAGAGGGCAUAGAAGCCAAGAAGUACUGCUGGUAUUUUGAGGGGGGCUAUCCUACAUAUUUUAUAUGCCGUUCCUUUGAGGACUGUUGUGGUACACGGUGCUGUGUAAGGGCCCUCUCCAUCCAGAGAUUAUGGUACUUCUGGUUGCUGCUCAUGAUCGGGGUGAUGUUCUGUUGUGGUGCUGGUUUCUUCAUUCGGAGGCGAAUAUACCCUUCCCAUCUAACAGAUGAGCCUUCAUUAAAUGUGUCUUUCACCAGACAGCCUAUGAACACCAUGUCGGCAGGUUCCCAGCAGCCAGACAUGCAGCACUAUGGUAACCUUGGAGGACCUGUGGUGAAUCCCAUUGCUCCGCCCUUCCAGGUGCAGCCCCGUUCCCCACAUCUCAACGCGUCCUACCCACCCCCUCCAUCCUACUGCAACCAGCCGCCUCCUCCAUACGAGCAAGUGGUCAAAUCUUCAGCGAAAUAAGGAGCCAAUAACUCUUAUACACUUACUCUACCUUCUUUUGUUUUCAAUGGUAAUAUACUUCUAAGAUGCAGUCUGUUUUUAUUCUGGGAGGGUGAAAUGAUCAAGUUAGUGUCUGAGAAGAAAAUACAUCCACAGUUGAAUCUGAAUCAUAUGUAUGGAUUGAUGUGAGGCUGCUGAAUAUCCUUGGUGGAAUAAUGACGGAAUGACAUCACACAGCAAGGUUCAAUUUGCUGUUGAACUUCUCAUGUUUCCAAAGUUUGAACCUCCCUACCAUGGAAGCUGUAUUGUUUUCCGAAUUUUUUG